AUGUCCGUUACUACUGGUGCUCCCGGCUCAGCAGCAGCUGCUGCUGUCGACAUGAUCGAGCAGGCCAAGCGCAAGGCCGCUUACCGCGCCGUCGCCGACCACUUCGACUCUGAGAUGCAGUUUGUUGGUAUUGGUUCUGGAAGCACAAUCAUCUACGGUGUUGAGGCUAUCAAGGACUGCUUGGCCAAGAACCCUCCCAAGAACGGUCGCUACAUCUUCUUCGUCCCCACUGGUUUCCAGUCGAGAAAGGUCAUUGAGCAGGCCGGCCUGAUGCCCAUGGGUUUCGACAGCUUGCCCGAGAACGUCAUGUUGGAUGUUGCUUUCGACGGUGCCGACGAGGUCGACGACGACUUGAACUGCAUCAAGGGUGGUGGUGCUUGCUUGUUCCAGGAGAAGCUGGUCGCAACUCGCGCAAAAAAGUUUGUCUGCAUUGCUGACUACCGCAAGAACCAGACCCGCCUGAUCACAAAGUGGCCCUCAAUACCUAUUGAGGUUGCUCCCAUCGCUCACGCGACCGUUAUGCGCCAGCUCAAGCUCAUUGGUUCUAUCAACCCCGUGCUGCGUGAGCACACCCUUGCAAAGACUGGUCCCAUCCAGACCGACCAAGGUUUCUACAUCAUCGAUGCUCCUUUCAAGCCCCUUCUUACCCAAGAAGACGUCACUGCCCUUGCACACAAGAUCAAGUCCAUCUCUGGUGUUCUCGAGGUUGGUCUCUUCUUUGGUCCCAACGGCUACGAGGUCCAGGCUGCUGGCGGCCAGGGCGGUCAAAAGCCCGUUGCUGCUUACUUCGGUAACGAGGACGGCUCUGUCAGCGUCAAGGAGGCAAAAGCUCACUAA